AUGAGUUUUCAGUUCUAUUCAAAUCUCUCGACGGAUCUUUCCCGGCUGUUGGAUUCCGCAGACGACUAUAAUGUGCGCAUGCUUAUAGGUGUGGACGGGAACGCUCGGACGUUUAACGCUCACUCUGUAAUCCUUCGUGCAAGAUCGGCCUAUUUUCAUGCUGCCUUAUCAAAAGAUUGGGCUAAAACUGAAGAGGGAUCCAUAAUUUUCAAAAAAGAAAACAUAUCUCCAAAGAUAUUUCAGGUUAUUUUGAGGUAUAUUUACGGUGGUGUAUUAUCUUGUAAAUUGGAAACAGGAAAAGAAGUUCUUGAACUUCUCCUAGCAGCCGACGAAAUGCAACUCGAAGAACUAAUCAAGCCAGUUCAAAUGCAUCUCUUACAAGAAUGGGAACCAUGGAUUCGGUCAAACUUUAUUCAGCUCCAUCGAGUAUCCUCGGCAAACUCGGCAUUCAAAGAACUCUUUGCCUAUUGUUCAGAGACGUUAUUGGACGAUCCGGCAAUUCUCUUCAAGACGGGUGAUUAUCUCACGGCCGACGAAGACACCUUGAUAUCUGUUCUCGAACGCAACGAUCUGGUGUUGGACGAAGUGGAUAUAUGGAAUCACGUCAUUGCGUGGGGUAAAGCACGAAUGAGCGAGACUUUGGUGACCGACCCGAACAAAUGGGUAGAUGAAGACUUUCAAGUUUUGAAAUCUAUAUUAAAGCGUUGCCUACCAUUGGUAAGAGUGGAUACGAUCCGCCCCGAAGACUUUUAUAAUCAAGUUAAGCCAUAUAAAAAGAUUCUUCCAAGGGAGCUAUACCAAGCCAUUCUAAAAAGACAAUUCAUCCCUAGCAGUCCUUUAUCACUAAAUGUCCUUCCUCCGCGUACCGGUAUCGAUUCUAACCUCAUUACAUGGAAACAUGUUGAUGUUAUCGCUUCUUGGAUAGAUCGCAAAGGUCGAGAUCAAUACUACUUCAAACAGAACCAGUAUUUCUUCAAGCUUCUUCUGAGGGGGUCUGUGUCCGGCUUUACGCCAAAGACAUUCCAUGAACUCUGCGAUGCUAAAGGACCAACAGUGAUACUCAUCAAACCAGCCCAUUCCAACGAUCUCAUCGGCGGGUACAAUCCUAUAGGUUGGCGCGACGAUGGUGGAUAUCAGAGCACAACAGACAGCUUCCUAUUCAAACUGUCUGACAAUAAUGGGACUGGCAAGAUAUCUCGUGUGAGAAACAAGGAGCAUGCGGUCGGAUGGCAUAGCGACUGCGGGCCGGAUUUUGGAAUGACUGAUUUGUGUUUGCAUGGGCAUUUCAGAGACGAAUCGAGUUGCUAUUGUCGACCUGAAAGCUAUGCAUCGGCAAUAUUUUCAAAUGUAGAGACGUUUAGCGUUGAAGAAUAUGAAGUGUUUCAGGUGAAGAGGAAAAGUACGAAGUGUACGAGCGAAAGUGGAAAGAGUGUAAUGGCGGAUGGAGUGAUGAACGGGGUGGCGGGUGGAGUUACAAAUGGGGUGGCGAGUCGAGAGCCGAAUCGAGACACUAGCAGAGAUAGUAGGUGA